AUGGUCGCUAAAGAAGCAGUCAUUCCAUAUGUCGAACCAAAGGACGACAAAGCAAGUGAAUUUGGAUCUACUCUCUCAAGCAGUCUGCCGAUGGCUGCGAUGUUUACAAGGAACAGAAUGAUCGGAUGGGUGGCGAUAGUGAUAGGCCUCCUGAACUGGAUGUCCGAAACGACUUCACAGAAGAAUUCUAGUGCGACUCCAGCUUAUUUGUCCUUUGGCAUGUCAGUUCUUUCUCUUGGUGUCACAUAUAUGCCAUUGUUCCUGCCACCUUCACUAAAUGGAGCCGGCCGAGCAACAGGAACAGGCGCACCACCUCCAGUACCUCAAUAG